UAGUCAUCCGUUGGGCCCGCGUCCAUCUUCGUCAAUCAUAGUUCAUAAAGUCAUCCAUCUAUGAUCCUAUCACGACCCCAGAAAAAAACCUAUGAUCUCGCUGGGGCUCUGACCAGUGUAACAGUACCACCCCGAAACUAUUUGAACAAGAGUCAUAAUUUGAGAAUUGUUCUUGGGGUUAUGCUUGACGAAUCUCCCAUCUCACUGAUAUUUUUCCUGUCAUAGACUCAUAGUCCACCCUCUUCUAAAAAAGGUAACUGCCAGUGUGGUCUAAGCUGAAGCAGCUUCUAGAUCGUUGUGACAUGGCUCAAGAAUCACUGACAGAAGCCCCAGACAUGUGCCCUUCUUCCUCGCACGCAGAUCCAUCUCUCUCCAGAAACCUUUCCUCUAGCCGGCUCAACGCACAGGCUCCUGAAUUCGUGCCCACGCGACCUACUACUCGGCUAGUGGUGCCGCCGCCGCCUCCUCCUCCUCCGCCUUCUGGUAUGGUGCAUGUUUAUCCACCGCCCCCGACUUCACCCUUCCACGUACAGAUUCAAGGUCACGUACCAGCCGUCCAGAAUCACCACCAUCAUCAUCUUGCUCAUCAGCAUCAUCAUCAUGUUCAGGCUCACUACCGUUCUCACCAUCACCCGAAUCAGUAUCAUGUUGGCUCCGAUUCCGGUGUGCCGCAAGUUCAGCAGUCUCACGGCGAGUCAGAUCACACUCCUUCUUCCAAAAGCAAGCUAUCUGAGGAAGCUAGUCAGAAGAUUUUGAAUCAGGUGGAGUAUUAUUUCAGUGAUUUAAACUUAGCUACUACUGAUCAUUUAAUGAGGUUCAUCAACAAAGAUUCUGAAGGUUUUGUUCCUAUAUCUGUUGUUGCAUCUUUCAAGAAGAUCAAGGCCCUCAUAACCAGUCACUCUCAACUUGCGACUGCUUUGAGGAACUCGACAAAACUUGUAGUAAGUGAAGAUGGAAAGAAAGUCAAACGCCAGCAUCCCCUAACUGAGUCUGAUAUAGAAGAGCUACAAUCUCGUAUUGUUGUAGCUGAAAACCUACCUGAGGAUCAUUGCCAUCAGAAUCUUAUGAAGGUGUUUUCUGCUGUUGGGAGUGUGAAGACCAUCCGGACAUGUCCUCCUCAAACUUCCAAUAGUGGUGCUUCUUCAGCUUCAAGAUUGGGAAAAGUUGAUGGCGUACAUUUAGCUAACAAGAGCUUUCUGUUCCAGUUGCAUGCAUUUGUUGAAUAUGAAUCUGUUGAGCUGGCUGAGAGAGCAGUUGCGGAGCUGAAUGAUGAGCGAAACUGGCGGAGUGGCCUCCGGGUUCGUCAAAUGGUUAGAUGCAUGCCAAAACCUUCUCAAGGACGGGGAAAGAAGGGAUUUGAUACUGAAGCUAACUGCGAGGAGGAUUAUACUUCUCUUCCCGAGCAGCAGGCAAAUGAAAAACCAGUAGAAGAUGCUCCCGUUGCUGAUACUCAUACUCAUGGACAUGUGGAAGAACAUGCCUAUGAAAAAGAGAGUGGGCAGAGGAAAGGGCGUAGCCGGGGCAGGGGGAAGGGUCGUGGCCGAGUUCAUAGUCGUGUGAAUAAUCAAUUGGGAACACAAACUUCCAAUUCCAAUAAUUCAAUUCUUACUGAACAAGUUGUCGCCAAGCAACCUCCAGGGCCCCGGAUGCCAGAUGGUACAAGAGGAUUUUCCAUGGGUCGGGGGAAGCCCAUAGCUGUUAAUAUACCUUGAGCAUAAUAUUGUGCUACUGUACUUAUAGCGAGUUUUUUUCUGCGGCAAGUCUGAAGCAGAUAUUUAAUGAGGGAAAAGUAGAAAAGUGAAAUCAAAGGAUAGAACAAAGUUGUCAGUCUGCCGUUGCCUAUAACGUGUGAACAACUAGACAUGGUGAAUGAUGAUAUAUAAGAACUCGUCAAACGGUCAAA